GUCCCAGCCUCACAGUCCACUUUGAUGAUGCGAACCUCUCACAGUUCGUCACUUGUAACCCUCGCUGCAAGACUCUGAGACCAGCCUCUUUGCACCAGGAUUGAUGCCUCUGGUGGCUUUUUGGUGAGUGGGACACGACACAACAGCAGGACAUCAGCACAUAGGAAUAGUCAGCUUAUAAUUUGAAUUUAAAUCGAGGGAUUUGCUUGAGCUAGAUGUCCAGACGAAAGAUGAAAGGCCUGACCUGUAUAGGUCGCCAGGUCAGCGAGGACCCAGACCUGGACAACCUGCUGUCCACCCUCUCCCCCGAGGAAAUAGAGGAGCUGAAGAUGGACAUGAUGAAGGUGCCAGACAUUAACCCCGAGGAGGGGCUCAUCAUUGCAGGGGAGAACCAACCUGCGCAGCCACCUAUGAGCAACAAUGUCUGGGAUGCAACGACGAAACAGAGAGACACCAAAGGGAGGCUCAGCCAGAGGGAACCAUCAUUUGAGGGAGAGCCGAAGAAAGAGAGCCGGAAGCAGGAGUACCUGAGGAAGAUGGGUCUCAGCCAGGAGGGAAAUGACGAUAUGAAAGUGGGAAUGCAAAGACAAGCUAGUGUCUCAAAUGAAAGAGAUAUCAAGGCGGAGGACAGAAACAGCAAAGGUCCUGAAAGUUCAAAAGAAGACGGGAGGAAGUCGGGAGGAAGUCGAAACAGGAAGCUGGAUAGCAGAGAGAGCGACACGAAAGAGGAGGCCCGUGACAAAGAGAAAUAUGAGGACAACAGGCUGAGAGACAGAAGAGAAAACAGAGUGAGCACAGGCAGCAAAACACAAGACGUGAUCUCAAAGUUACAGGAGAAAAGGGAUGAGAGCAAAGAGAAAGAAAGGAGGGAAGACUGCAGGAGACGAGAUGACAGCAAAACCAAAGACAUUAUCUCAAAGCUACGAGAAAAAAGCGAGAAAGAUGUGGGCAAGGAAAAGGAAAGAAAAACGGAGAGUAUCAAGACACAGGGGCUUGUCUCUAAAAUGGUGAAGCAGAGCAAGGCAUCGGAGAGCCAGCUUCAAGAGUGUAAACCAGAAGAGAAGAAGGCUAAAGCAGAGGAGAAGAAAUCUGAAUACAAAAACAAACCUGAUGUCAAACUCGAACGACAACCUUCUGAGAAAGACGAGGUGAAACGUGACAAGAUGGAGAAAAGAACAGACAGAGAAGAGUUGGUUAACCACAGUGACCACGUGAAAGAGAAGUUUAAUGCUGAGCGGAAACCAGAGGAGAAGGUGCAAAGAGAGGACGGUAAGGUUAAGAAAGCUGAGGAUAGUGGGAAACUUGCUAACUGUGCUUCUAAAAACAGCCCUAACAGCAAGGUGAAGGAGGCAGAGGAGGAAGACGAAGACUCGAGCAUGUUUGAUGAGCUCAUGCAGCAGGUGCGAAGCAACAACCCCUCCCUCACUGAGCUCAACGUCAACAACUCAGAGGUCAUCAAGACGAAAACGCUCAUCGAGUUUGCAGAAGCUUUGCACAACAACACCCACGUCAAGACGUUCGCUCUCGCUAACUGCCGUGCGGACGACCAUGUCGCUUAUGCCAUUGCCGGCACGAUCCGCAGCAACAAGACUAUCACCAGCAUUAACCUCGACUCCAACCAUCUCACCGGGAAGGGCAUCCUGUCUCUCAUCCAGGCGUUGCAGCACAACUCCACGCUGACCGAGCUGCGCUUUCAGAACCAGCGGCACAUCUGCGGAGGGAAAACCGAGAUGGAGAUGGUCAAGAUCCUGAAAGACAACACCACCUUGCUCAAGCUGGGCUACCACUUUGAGUUAGCAGGACCAAGAAUGACCACGACAAACAUACUGAGUCGCAACAUGGACAGGCAGAGGCAGAAGCGCCUGCAGGAGCAGAAGCAGGCCCAGGCCAAUGGAGAGAAGAAGGGAACACUUGAGGUGCCCAAGAGCGGAGGUGGAGGAUCUCUGAGGAGUUCUCCCAAAGCUUCGCCUAAACCUUCACCCAUCCCUUCACCUGUGCCUUCGCCAAAGCUCACUCCAAGAAAAGGAGCUGGAGGUCCGGCUCCACCUCCGCCUCCUCCUGGGGGUGGACCACCACCUCCUCCACCUCCUAUGCUGGAUGCAAACCGCCCAGGUGGUACGAAGAACUCAAGGGACCAACUGCUUGCCUCUAUCAGAGGAACCAAUAAGAAACAGCUGAAGAAGGUGCCGGUGCCAAAGUGGCUGCAGUGAUAUUUCCUGCUGGAAUAUAAAGUGAAGAAGAAGAAGAGCAAGGGAGGGAGAACAGACAUCUCACCAGAGGGUUUCUAGGGGAUAACCUUUAUAAAUUCCCCUGGCCGGUUAAAGUGCAGUGGGGCAGAUGAAGACAGUGAAACAUGAGACGUUUGGAAGAACAGCCAUCACUAUGAGUUCUCCCAACAACACUGGACCAAAAAGACUCUGUGGAGAAUGAGUGAUGAAGGCCUCUCUGCAGAGAGUGCCAUGGGUUUGAGGCUGUUUGUCUUCCAUUCAUACUGACGCUUGGCUGGUUAUUUGCACUAGAUAAUAUGAGGCCGAUCAUAUAACAUGUUGGCUUGUAUAUGCAUCUGAAUGUGAGUGUGUGGGAGAGUGUGUGAUGAGCUUAACAAGAGAUUCAAACAACUCUAUAAAACUCUAAUAUUCAACAGUAUGUAAUUGAGAUUAAUUUGAAAAGUUAUUUAUUUGUGGAGAGGGAAUCCACCCUAUCAGCUGUAAAUCUGUAAAUCAAACUGGGAAUAUCAGGGAAUUAACAAACAUGGCGGCCUGACUUAAGAAAAUCUGGGUGGGUGGAGAAAACAAAAAGGUCAAGGUGGUCUUUGAUUGUGUGUCUCAAAUCUCAAGACAUCUCAGGCAGGUUUCGAAAGCAGCCCAUUGUCCCAGGAGUCCUGGGACAUAACGAAUGAGUCUUAGCAUGGAAAUAAUUACAUCAUGCAUUUUAUCAGGAAGUGCAGGGAGAUAAGUUUCAGCAUCUGAUGUUGCGUUUUGUGCAGAAUCAUUCUAGCCUGGGUUUUACAUCAAAAUGUCAGAAACGCCAUUAAAUCAACACUACUGUUGGUUAAUGUGCUAUUUAAAAGUGAAUAUCAGUUCUAAAGGAAAUUUAAUGUGAUUAGCAAAAACCUGAGUGUUGUAAUGAAGCACAUACAUUAUUACAUGUUUUUCUUACAGAGCCUGUAUGUUUUCAAUAAAAGAUUCUGCUAUGUUUGCAAGUUUAAUGUUACCCGUCUGAUAGAAGUGAUUGGAAUCUGUUAUUAUAUUAUAAUUUUAGCUACAAUAAAUGAAAUUAUGUAUAUGAUAAUCUUGUUAAUUCUCUAUAUAUGUGCAUAUGAUUAUAUUUGUACAAGUAAAGAUGUGCUCAGACGUUUACAUCACUGAUCAUGGGCAUGUUUCAGGCUUUUAAUGAUUUCUUUUAACUGUUCUUUAUCCAUGAUGCAAUGACUGUACAGCACACAGCUUUAAUUACUUUGAAAAACAAGAACUUGAAAGGCUCACCUCUAAUCUUUCAAAUAUAACUCUUGUCAGUGUAGCACAAUUGGUCAAUCUUGGCCUUGUCUGACCAUAAAACAUUUCUCCAGAAGGCAUUUGGUUUGUCCAUGGGGUCAGCAGGGAAGUUUAGUUGUGCUUUAAGGUGUUGAUUUUGGAGCAGGGACCCUCUCAGACAAUUGUGAUGGCAUGCUUAGAAAUGGUUCCAUGAAAUGUUCCCAACUUGUAUAAAUCUACAAUUCUCCUCAACUUCAUUGAGUUCUUUGGACUUCUGGAAUUCAGUGGUUGCUGUCUAACAAAUGCUUUUUAUGGAGACAAAGAGGAUCUACCAAUUGUAAUCUCUCGUGAUCAUUAACAAGAAGCAAAUAGGCCUCGGCCUUGUCGAAUUAAAAGACAAUUUAAAACC